AUGACAAUUCUAGGUACAGCUCUUGGUAUGUCUUUCUAUUUACUUCAAGUCGUUUCUGGAGAAAGUGGCUAUGCACAGAAUGGAGACUUGGAAGAUGCAGAACCAGAGGACCACUCGUUCUCAUGCUUCAGUCAGUUGGAAGUGAACGGAGCCCAGCACUCACUGACCUGUGCUUUUGAUGACCUAGAUGUCAACAGCACCAAUCUGGAUUUUGAGAUAUGUGAUGCCCUCUUGGAGGUAAAGUGCCUGACUUUGAAUAAACUACAAGACAAAUAUUUCAUCAAAACAAGGAAAUUCUUACUGAUUGGAGACAGCAAAAUAUGUGUGAAGCUUGGAACGACAAACAUAAAUUGCAGAAAAAUGAAUAUAGUCAAGAUAGUUAAGCCCGAGGCUCCUUUUGACUUAAAAGUCUUCUAUCGUGAGGGAGCAAAUGACUUUUUAGUGACAUUUAAUACUUCACACCUGCACAAGAAUUAUGUAAAAGAACUAGUGCAUGAUGUAGCCUACCGCCUGGAAAAAAGCAAAAACAACUGGAUGCACGUGAAUUUAUCCAGCACAAAGCUGGCACUCCUGCAGAGAAAGCUACAACCUGAUGCAAUGUAUGAGAUUAAAGUCCGAUCUAUUCCUACUGGAAAGUAUUUUGAAGGCUUCUGGAGUGCAUGGAGUCCAAGUUACCACUUUAGAACUUCAGAUCCCGAUGAUGGAGGGAAGAUGGAUCCUGUUUUUCUAAUCAUCAGCAUUCUGAGUUCCUUCUCUGUGGGUGUGUUGGUCAUCUUGGCCUGUGUAUUAUGGAAAAAAAGAAUUAAGCCUAUUAUUUGGCCGAAUCUCCCUGAUCAUAAGAAGACACUGGAACAACUGUGUAAGAAACCAAAAAAGAAUUUGAAUGUGAGUUUUAAUCCUGAAAGCUUCCUGGACUGUCAAAUUCAUAAGGUGGAUGGCAUUCAAGCCAGAGAUGAAGCGGAAGGUUUUCUGCAGGGUGCUUUGCCUCCACCACUCAAGGAGUCUGAGAAGCAGAAGUUUUCAGAUGUGCAGGGCCCCAGCUGGCCCUCCGAGCAUGCAGUCAUCACCCCAGACACUUUUGGGGGAGAUUCAGCCCUCAGAAGCCAACCAGGGAACAUCAAUAUUUAUAAUGUCCAUGAGCUACCCUCCUGCAGAUCCCUAAGCUGCAGGGAUGUUGGCAAGAAUGGGCCUCAUGUAUACCAGAGUCUACUGCUUAGCCCUGGAACUUCAAAUGGUACCCAGCCCCCUCUGUUUCCUCUCCAAUCAGGAAUCCUUACAUUGAAUCCAACUCCCCAGGGACAGCCCAGCCUCACUUCCCUGGGAUCAAGUCAAGAAGAAGCAUAUGUCACAAUGUCCAGUUUCUAUCAAAAUCAGUGA